AUGCCUGGCUGUUUGAUCACAUGGAUCCAAUUUAGUAGCUCAAAGAAAGGUAACCAUGUGGUUGAUUCAGAUGCUUUCAAACAUCGAAAUACAUUUUUCAAAAUCUAUUCGUUAACCGGGCGUCGGAUUAGAGACUUUUCGAACUAUCCAGAAGAAGAUGAAGUUUUAUUUUUACCACAUUCCGCAUUUCUUGUCUUCAAUCAUACAAUAAGUCAUCACGGAGAACAACAUACGAUUUACAUGCGACAAGUGGAAUUAGGCCUGUGCAAAUGGUCGGUAUUGUGGGUUGAUGAUCGAAUAUUUGUUAAAGAUUGGCAGAACAAAAGUCACAUGGAAAAUGCAUCCGCCAAAGCACUCAAUUUGAAUGUGCAUUUUAUUCCCAAAUCGUGUACCGAGAGUGCAUUGUCAUUUCUUCGAUCACCUUUUGGACAACGUUUGAAAAAUCAAACUACAUUUCGUAUAGUCACGGAUAUGUAUCGAGAUAAUGAACAACCGGCUCAUAACGCAGGUGCCCGCUUGAUCAAACAAAUACGACAAAUGGGUUUUCAAAAUCCAUGCUUGGUAUUUGUUGGCGACAAACAAAAAGCAGAGCAAACCAUCCAGUCUGAAAUGAACUCGAGAGAGCAAAAAGAUAUUAGGGUAACCACUGAGACCAAUGAUUUAAUAAACUUUGUCAAUUUUGAUCAAAACGUUUGA